CUGAUUUUGAUAAAAUAGAGCCCAUAUUCCACGAUGAAUGAGAAUUUGGAGACGACUCUGCAAAUUCAUAUCCAACCUGCUUCAUAGGGUAGCUGAGAUUACAGCUAUAGUUUUGAUGGUACAUUUCUCGAAAACUGUUGUUUUUGAUUUUCUCGAAGGGAACUCCCAUUACGAGGUGCUCCUUGUUGAUGAUCCAGGACCAAUACAGUUUCCAGAGAUCACCGUUUGCCAACAUACAACAACAACAACUUCAUUUGGAAUAUUCUUUACAAACAUUGCACUAGAAGAUGGAGGCAAUGACUACAAUAAAACUUUUCAGAAUUUUAAGAAGGUGCUGGAAGAGACCAUCAUAAACAAUAUGAAAUGUGAACCUAUUGGAAUAAACAUGUUUUCUGACCUUAACAUGGAGAAGUGCAACAAGAAUGACAGCAUCACGAUUUGGAAUAAUAAUCUUUCUAAUGGAAGAUUUGGCCUACUUCAAAAUAAAUGUGCAUCCAAAGAAGAUUGUAUGCCAGUCUGUAGAUGGACUGAGGAAAGCUAUCCAAUGGAAAACUCCCAAACGGGUGCUGAUACAACCAGUCUAACUAUCAAUGGAAUGCCUGAAAAAGUCAGGGAAACCAAGGAGGUACUGAUGUAUGGCUGGGAUGGUAUAAUCAUAGCUAUUGGUGGAUACAUUGGGCUCUUUAUAGGAACUUCUAUACUAGAUAUCGUUAAGUGGAUUAUUGAACGAGGUCUGGCUACUUGGAAAUCCAUUAACUGCUAAAUAAACAAUAUUAUGAAGAAACACCAUAUAUUGACAAAUACUUAAUACUGUAAUACUAUAACUUGGUGUUUAUAAAAGUUGUUAACAAAAAUGACGAAAAUAAAUUAAAGUAAAUUUAAAGAAAUAAAAACUUUAUUACAUUUUCAAACUGUCUGCGCAUUAUUUUUUAAGGUUGCUCCUUAUGUUAAAGUUGUGCUAUUUAUAGAUACCCAGUAACCUUAACCCUAUCAUGAUUAAAAACAGUUUACGCUAGAAUUAUGACAUUUUUAUUGUUUUUAGUUUUUAUAAUCAAGGUUUAAAAUUUAGAAGGACAGACUUGUUGGCCAAGUGCUAUGGCCACCUUAAUGUGCACAUUUUUUUGCAUGUUAUAAUCGGUAAUUACUUGUAUUUUGAAGUUACACAGAUAACAAGCAUUUAAUGUGAAAAAAUACAUUUCUGUAUGCUUGCUGGGGCCC